AGAUAUUUUGGAACCCUACGCAAUAAACUCUGCGUUCCCCGCACUUGUUUUGAGACCUACCGCCGUACUCACUCUUCCUCUCGCGAUCUUCGUAUCGAUCUCGCAGCCGCUUAGCCAGCGGUCGCCGGACUCGGGUUGCCGUCCGCUCACCUCUCCCAAAGGCCACAUCGCACCCUUAGCCAGUGAUAUCGUUCCUCGGAUCUCGUAGGCCAGUCUCUUCUCCCAGCCGCCCUCCGUCGGUACAGCCAAUCAAUCCAGUUGAUCAAGUGAAAGCGAAGGAGAAGAAAAUGGUUUGCAUUCGACAGGCAACCGUCGAUGAUCUGCUGGCAAUGCAGGCAUGCAACCUGCUAUGCCUGCCGGAGAACUACCAGAUGAAGUACUACCUUUACCACAUCCUCUCCUGGCCACAGCUCCUCUUUGUCGCGGAGGACUACGACGGACGCAUCGUCGGCUACGUACUUGCCAAGAUGGAGGAGGAUGCCUCCGAGCCUUGCCACGGCCACAUCACUUCCCUCGCCGUCCUCCGCACCCACCGCAAGCUCGGCCUCGCCACCAAGCUCAUGACUGCCGCCCAGAAUGCUAUGGAGUCUGUUUUUGGGGCCGAGUAUGUAUCUCUCCAUGUCCGCCGCAGCAACCGCGCGGCCUAUACCCUCUACACCUCCAGCCUCAGUUAUCGCAUCCACGACGUGGAGGCCAAGUACUAUGCUGAUGGGGAGGAUGCUUAUGACAUGCGCAAGCAGCUGAAGGGCCGUCCCCAUGCCCAUGGCCAUAGCCAUAGCCAUAGUCAUAGUCAUAGCCACGGCCAUCAUCACCACCACCAUCAUGGAGGCUGCUGCUCAGGGGAGUCUAAGGCUGCACCUUCCGUAGACGUUGGUGCACCAGCUGAUCCAGGCACUGGUGCAUCUGGUUCCAAUUCUUCAGCUUCAGUUUCAGCUCCAGCUGCUGGGGCGUGAGAAGCUUAUAUGUGUCCAAGGUACACUUGAUACUAUGCCCUUGGUUGUGCGUUUUACCGUCGCUUUUAAUUAAUGACUCGGAUACAGAGUUGCUGUGCUUAUGAUUAUAUUUUCAUGUUUGUAUGGAGUCUUUUGAUUCUUAUUUAUGUCGUCGAACUGCAACUUCUUUGCUUC